AUGUUCAAAGAUGUGCGACAUGUUUUGAAAGAAAUAACCGAAUACACUUUAGAGACGGGCCACAUCCUGGAAUUCUUCGGUAUUGAUGCACGGGAAUACAAAGUCAUAGAGGAAGCACUAGGAGAGACGGGCCGGGCAUUUAAGCCCAGACUGUCUUAUGAUUACGAAAAGCAAUCUCUCCUUGUUAAUAUGCCUAGCGCCAUCCAUGAAGCACCGUUCGAUUGCUUGAAGCUCACCCUUGGACAAACCAUCACAUCACUUCCCUAUGAUCAUGAUACGAUCUAUCCAAUGAUCCACAUGAAUUCGUCACUGAAGGUUAAACGCAAAACGGUGACUCCAGACAUCUGUCUCACCAUCACACCAUCAGAGGGCCCCACCAAAAUCAAGUUGAUUCCCUUUUUUGGGGAGUGCAUGUGUUCCGAGGACAAGAAACAUGCAAUCAACAAACUCGCCAAGACCAUCCGCGCUCAUCCAGAUAUCAAGAUGGCGGUCCUGGGAUUAGUUCGCGAAGCGCAGCCCUACCAUCGUCCUAAGCGUGAUUCCCAUGCGUGGAAUUUCUUCAGUACAGACCCAGAACCACUUCCACUCGAGGAGUUCAUCACAGAACACUUCCCAUCAUGUUCAUCCAUAACGAUCACCGGGCAUAACUGGUGUCACGUUAGUUCUGUAGAAUUUUUGGUAUGGGUUCAGGGAGACGAUGAAGCUGCUAUCGAUCUUAACAAAGAAGACGCUGAACACAUGGCAUACGGUACACUAUUGCCUGACCUUAACAUGGAUGCCGUCAAGCUCGAUCCUAGCAUCGACUGUACUGAACUCGAGAAAGCUCCCAUCACGUUUUUACCUAUCUGGAAAGACUACCUCAUAGCGUGCAGAAACGGUGCAGAUGUGACCGCCUGGACGAGGGUACAUGGUCUGGUCGACUCGUUCUUCUUUUGGAACUCAGGCUCUGAAGCCAUUGAAGCAUCCCUCAAGAUGGCACGACAAAUUACUGGUCAGCAGAACAUUAUCGGCAUGCAGGGUGGCUAUCAUGGUCGAACGUUUGGUGCCAUGGCUCUUACGAAGAACAAGACGAUCUAUCAUGAAGGAUCCUUUCCGUUGAUGCCUGGGGUAUUCGCCAUACCAUUCCCGUACUGGCACCAACUGGGAUUACCAAUCAAUACAAGUGAAGAAGAGCUCGUCCGACUCUCAUUGUAUCAACUAGAUCUAGUUCUCAAACAACAAACAGCUCCCAGGGACACAGCUGCCAUAAUCAUCAAGCUUGUACUUAGAGAGGUACAGAGUGUAUUCGGUAGGACUUGCAAAUACUUCAAUGUUGAAUAUAGUGGUGUCCAACCCGAUAUCCUGACAAUCGCAAAGAACAAGCCUUUCGACAAAGAAGGAUGGCCCAUACUCACUACUACUUCACUGGAUAAAUUACCCAUGGCACUCUUGGACGACUCGGAUGCGUCCAAUCUUAAUACUCGAAAGCGAUCCCAUAUCGUCAUGGUAUCAGAAAUGAAACAUCUCAGUGAAACCUUUGGACUCAAGGCUCAGCACAAGAAGGCCUAG